UCCGCCUGUUAGCGACAUUCAUGAUCAGCUAGGAAACCCGUAUGCUGCUGUGACAGCCAAAACUCAGCGAAUUGUGUCGACUCGCUGCCCGUUACCCGCCCACACAGAGCCCGCCGACCACUCACGUCGCAAUCUUGAACAAAGUCCCAAUAUAGCAAAUCACUCUUUUUUCCCUGCCCCUCUAUACCUAUACGGCUCCAUCUGCGAUAACUUCUCCACGCGCGACGAUUUACGACCGGUGCCUCGACUCUGCAACGCCAAAAAAGAAAAGGAAACGGUUCGAGCGAUGAAUUGAUCCGAGCCGGCACCACGGACAAACAUCAUCAUGCUUAUGACACUCCGAAGCAACGGCAUCUUUCCUGACCAGCAGAAUCCGCAAUCCAUCGAUCAUUACACCGCGAGCCAGAUCGCGGAGACGGUUGUACAAUACACAAACGAAAGCCCGCUACGAUCUUCGACGGCAAAUCGCUCCAACGGACAAUAUUCCCCAUCUUCGACAUCAUUUGCAACUGCACAGAGAUCGCGGGCUGCAGCGACGCGACGAUCACCGCCUCUGAUGAACGGACUUGGGAACGCACCUCAGCCGCAGAUGUACGUGCGAGCGCUAUACGACUACGAAGCGGACGAUAGGACGAGCCUGAGUUUCCACGAGGGAGAUGUUAUCCAAGUCAUCACGCAGCUGGAAAGUGGUUGGUGGGAUGGGGUCAUCAAUGGUGUGCGAGGCUGGUUCCCGAGCAAUUACUGUCAAGUGAUUACGAAUCCGGAAGAAGUCUUGGAAGACCAACAGAAUGGAUUGGGAGGAGACGCGGACGACGAAGAGGUCGACGAAGAAGAGGAGGACCCUGAGUAUGACGAAGAACAGUACGAUGAGGAUGAGGGGGAUUCUGAACGAGAUGAUCUGACACAGUUACCGAUGGAGGGGGCGAACAAUAACGACCGGACAAGAGCUGAUUUCUGGAUACCGCAAGCCACCCCUGAUGGAAGAUUGUUUUAUUUCAACACGGAAACAGGUGAGGCUAGUAUGGAACUUCCGUUAGAAUCGCCCUCCUCCGCCACGGAGAAUGGGCCCCGAGAUCGGAUGAAUGUCAACAUUCCAGAGAAGACCAGACCUCCACCAGAGAUGAUGGUAAACAGAGGCUACAUGCAAGAUGAUGAUGACGACUCGGACGGUAAUUCUGCUUCGGAAUUGGAUGGAGAAAAUCUUAUGCUCGCUUCUAGAAGUUCAUAUCCACGAAAGCGCCGGUCACUUGUCUCUGAUGGUGUAUCGCCUGCGACGUCUAUGGAUUCCAUCAACGGGAUGUCUCCCAUCACUCGCUCUCGAACCGACCCCUUCUCUGCGAAUCUAUCCAUGGUCACCUCCAUGCCAAUCAUGGGGCCCUCCACAACCUCCUUUACCAACACUGCACUUGGCCCACCACAUGCUGCUUCGCUGCCUCGGUCUUUCUUUGAUGAUGGCUCUGCUGCACCAUUAACUUGGAACAGACUCGUUGCCAACAUGAAGAAAGCUGUCGACCGAUACAGAGACGCAAUCAACAACAGUGAGCGAUCGGAAUAUGUGCGCCGAGCCGAAGAUAUCUCGGAUCAUCUCCGAUUGCUUCUUGCUGCCGGAUCAAGGACCACAGAUAAUCACUCUGGUCAACCGUCUAUCAUAUCCACAAACAAGGCGUUAUAUCCUCACUUCCGAGACAUGAUGUCGAAGUUCUCAAAAUUGGUUAUAUCUUCACACAUUGCUGCGGCCGAUUGGCCAAGUGCAGAAUCAUAUCAGAAGUGUCUGGCAGAGGCAGAAGGUGUUCUUCAAGGAGUCUUUAGCUACGUCGAAGUUGCAAGACAACAACGGGGCGAAGAUAUUCCUCGACUCUUGCCUGGAUUCGUCAUUGGUAGCACUACAGGAGGCAGCUGGCAGAAUAAUGGCCUUGGUUCCCGAGAUCCAUUGACCUCGAACUUCUUGGAUGAAGAUGAGGCACUUAUAGAGCCUUCUGCAACGCUGGAUGCCAAGUUGACAGAGCGCCUGGACGAUCUGAAGCGCAUGUUGAUUUCAAGUAUUAGAAAGUUGGAAGAGCAUCUGGUCGUCACCGAAAAGAUUAUUACGCCUUACAGACACGAGCUCAUUGCAAACAAUGUCUGUUCGGCAGCUAAGAAAGUUCUAGAGAUGUUCAAACCGUGGGUGUCCACUGUCGAAUCGAUCAACCUGUCCGUGUUAGGGAACAGUUUUCAAAAUCCUCAACUGGUCGAUUUUGCAUCAUAUAAGCAGAGCUUGUAUGAUAACAUUUCGGAUUUGUUGUUAGGCUGUCAAUCGGUCGCAGGUCCUUUAGGAGACGAAUGGGCAGAAGUCCGCGGCGAAUCACUAGAAGGACGCCUGAAUUAUGUUCGCCAAUGUGCGAAGCAGCUUGAGACGAAUUCCUCGCAAGUCGGAUUUUCUCUUCAGCUUUUGAGCGAGCAGGUACAGAUGGCGCCGCAGCAGGAUCCACCACCUCGCGAAGAUAGCAGACCGCGAGAUACUCGGAGAACCGAGUCAUCCUACGAGCAAUCUCACCAACGAACCACUUCUCGCGUUAACCCCGUUUUACAGAGGCCAGGGUUAGCAGCCAUUGGACAAUCACAAUCAUACUCAGAAGGGGAUCCAGCUGCGAAGUACCGCCCGGGAGAGAAUUCAAAGGUACUGAAGUUCUUCGGAGAGGAGCCAAACAAUCGCAGAGAUCAACCACAACAAGAUGAAACCCCUGAUUCCCUGAAACUCGACCACGAGGAUGAUAUUCAAUACGAUAUGAAAGUUCAGCCGCCUCAACUCAAAGGUGGAACAUUGCUCGCUCUUGUUGAGCAACUCACUCGCCAUGACAAGCUGGAUUCAAAUUUCAACAAUACCUUCCUUCUGACUUAUCGUUCUUUUACUACCGCUCGCGAGCUUUUUGAACUGCUGGUAAAACGUUUCCAAAUUCAACCACCUGAAGGCAUGGCUUCAGCCGACUAUGAAAUUUGGAGGGACCGCAAGCAGAAGCCAAUUCGAUUCAGAGUUGUCAAUAUCUUGAAGAGUUGGUUCGACAACUUCUGGAUGGAGGACCAGAGCCCCGAGACGAAGGCCUUGAUUCGAGAUGUCUACACAUUUGCCAGGGACACGGUCAAGACAACUGAGACACCCGGCUCGGGUCCCUUGAUGACGGUUCUGGAACAGCGGUUGAAAGGACAAGAUACGACUGCGAAACGUCUUGUCCUGACCCUGAGUCAAGCCACCCCAAUGCCUAUCAUGCCAAAGAACAUGAAGAAACUUAAAUUCUUGGACAUUGAUGUCACUGAAUUUGCACGCCAACUGACAAUCGUGGAAUCGAAGCUUUAUGGAAAAAUCAAGCCCACCGAAUGCUUGAACAAGACUUGGCAGAAGAAGGUUGCUGAGGGGGAACCAGAGCCCGCGCCCAAUGUCAAGGCUCUCAUCCUACAUUCCAACCAGUUGACCAACUGGGUUGCGGAAAUGAUAUUGACCCAACUGGAUGUCAAAAAGCGUGUGGUAGUCAUCAAGCACUUUGUCUUGGUGGCUGAUAAAUGUCGUCAACUGAACAACUACUCAACCCUCACAUCGAUCAUCUCUGCUCUCGGAACAGCACCAAUCCAUCGACUCAAGCGUACUUGGGAUCAAGUUCCUCAAAAGACGUUGACAGUUUUAGAGUCAAUGCGAAGGCUGAUGGGCAGCACGAAGAACUUCGGCGAAUACAGAGAAAGCUUACAUUUGGCUAACCCCCCUUGCAUUCCAUUUUUUGGUGUCUACCUCACUGAUCUUACAUUCAUUGAAGAUGGUAUACCUUCAAUCAUCAAGAAGUCUUCUGCGAUCAACUUCGCCAAACGAGCGAAGACGGCAGAAGUCAUCCGUGAUAUCCAACAGUACCAGAAUGUGCCUUAUCCCUUGCAGCCAGUACCAGAACUGCAAGACUACAUCUUGAGCAACAUGCAAGCAGCAGGGGACGUACAUGAGAUGUAUGAGAAGAGUUUAGCGGUAGAGCCACGUGAAAGAGAAGACGAGAAGAUCGUGAGGUAUGUUCCACUGCACAGCGUAAGGACGUAUGGCGGCUUCAGUUUAGUAAUGUGAAAUGCCUGCACUUCAAGCCACAAUCACUAGUCUACAGUCGGAAGAAAAGUGCUUACUCAAAUGGUUCAUUAUAGGGUUUUGG